CUUAUUAGUUACUGUCGUUACUGAUUAUCUUAUUAUUCCUAACUUUUUAAUUUUAAAAUUUGAAUUAAACUGCAACACAGAAUAGUUUUAUUCUAUUUUUUAUCAUCAAUUUUAGAAUUAUAUUUUGACUGCAGUUAUGCACAUUUACUAAAAAUAAAAGUAUGAAUUUAAAUAGUAAUGUUUGGAUUUUGUCUAAGUCUUUUUUUAAAUGGACCUGGCGCAAACGGUUUUAUUCCUCAGCAGCAACACCAUUAAAAGUACCGAAUAUAAGUGAAAAUUUGAGUUCUUUCAAAAAACUCAAAUAUCCAGAGAGCAUGUUCGUGUACUGUAAUGAUGUAGCAAAAGAUAUAUCAGACACAAUAUCUGUACACUUGACUAAAAAAUAUGGUAAAAAAAAAAUUGAAAUAAUUGAAGCCAACCCUGGUCCAUGUUUAAUUACACAACAUUUACUGAAAAAAACGAAUUAUAAUAUAUGCGUAUAUGAAAAUAAUUAUGUGUUCAAAGAAUAUUUAAUGGCAGUUCAUUCAAAUUAUGGGGACAGAAUUAAAAUCAACCAUGGUAAUUUUCUCUUGCUAUGGAAGUUUGGAUUUCAAGAUCGGAUGGAUCGAGGAGACAGAGUUUCAAAAUUUCUAUCAAGUAUUGGUACACCACAACAACCAUGGAACCAAGAACGUCCAUCACUAAAAAUAAUUGCCUCAUUACCCAAUAAGAAAUUUAUGAAUUAUUUGAUCUAUAGUUUUAUAUUUCAAACAGGAUUGAUGGUUUAUGGUCGACCAGAAUUUUAUUUUUUACUCUCACCAUCAGUAUUUAAGAGGUAUUCUUGUAAACCAAUUAUUGAUAAAAAAUAUUAUAAAACACAAACAAUUCUAUUUCAAACUAUCUUUGAUAUAGAGUCAUUAAAAACUUAUCCAAGGACAGCAUUUUUUCCACCACAUAUUUCAAAAUCUGCUAGUAAAAAUGGUAAAAAUGUCCGUUAUAAAGAGUUGAAGGAAGCAGAUGAUAAGUAUAUGAUCUUAGCAAAGGUUGUAGGCCGUCGAGAGAUUUUAAAUUCAGAAGGCUUAACAGAAGAUUUAUUGAAACCAUAUUGGUAUUUUGUCAAGCAUCAUACACUAAGCCGUAAAAAUUUUGUAAUACCAAUGUUAGAGCAGUGGAUUCCUGGUUGUGGACCUUAUUUUAUAGCCCAAGGAUACACAAUAUUUACUCAGUUCGGUGAUCUUACACCUCCUCAAAUUUUACGCUUAUUCUUAAAAUUUAUUAGUUUACCAGAGUAUAAUGAUUCACCAUUUCUAAAUUCAAUGGAAAGUAGAAUUGCUAAAUUAUUACCUUCAUUACAAAUCCCACCUGACGACUCGAUUACUGAAUUAUCUGAAAAUAACUCUUCUAUAGACUUUGAAGAUUUUAAUAACAAGGAUAAUUAAUAUUGUUCAGUUGCAGUCGGGAAAUGGCAGGAUUACUAAAACUGAUAAUACCUAAAUCGAUAGUUACACAAUCUACUUCAAAAUUCUUUCAAGCACUCCAGUUGGAUUCGUUCAUUCUUAAAAUAAUAAGAAUGGAAGAGGUAACGAACGACACUGAUUUCAGAUUUGUGUCUCGUCAGUUCGUCACUAAAGUUGAAUCUAUUCUUAAGUAUUGAAUGCAACAUAAACAGUAAUACGAUGUCAGAAUCGAAAGGAUAACCCAGUUUGAGUUACAAAUAAUUACAAACUCAUUCAAAUACUUCUUGAACAGAUAUUAAACAUCGCCAAAAAGAAGUUCAUAAUGGGCAAACACUAGCGAGCACCUGCUCAUUUAUGUUAAUUUUCAAAGUAGUAGGUAGUAUUUCAACUAUGUUUUCCUUAGAUAUAGAACAUUAAUAAGGUCUAUGAGGAACAAAUUAAUGUUCUUAGGAGGAUGUUUCACCUGAAUGUGUUGUCACCCUCUUACAAAUGUACACAACAUAGCAAAAACUGUUUUGCACAAGACAACUAAACUCCCUCUGUACUUAAGUAGAAUUAUCAAAAAAAUAAAAACUCUCAGAAAUAAUUAAAGUUCUUC